UAUGUCGGGCGUCUUCUGGGGAGGCGGCAGGGCGGACGAGGUGGCCGACUUCGAUGAGUACGAUCCCACCCCAUACGGCGGCGGCUACGACAUCUCCCUCACCUUCGGCCGCGCUCUCCCGCCCUCCGAUGAGACCUGCUAUCCCAUCUCCACCUCCUCUUCGUCCUCAUCAUACGACUGCCCCCAGUACCAGCAGCAUGGCGGACGGAGGCCGCAUACCGAAGAGUCCCACGGGUCGGCUGCUGGGUACGGUGGUGGCGGCGGCGGCGGGUACGUGAGGAGGCCUCAAACCCAUGAGGAGGAGACCCACGGCUCCGCGGCUGCUGGGUACGGCUACGGGAGAAAAGGACACGACGACGACGACGACGACGACGAGAAGGCGUACCGGAAGCCGAAGCCGGUGUACGGGGACGACCGGCCCAAGUACCACGCCGGGGGCGGCGGCGGAGACGAGAGGCCCAGCUACGGCCGCAAGAAGCAAGGUGACGACGACAACUCCGAUGACGACGACGAGAGGAGGAAGCCGCGUUACAAGAAGUACGACGACGAUGACUCCGACGACGACGAUAAGAAGAAGCCUUACCAGAAGAACAACCGUCGCUGCCACGAUUACGAUGAUUAA